GGGAGGGGGAGAGACGUAGUAUUAGUAGCACCACGGGAGACGAGGGGAUUGGGAAAAAUGCCUACUUAAUAGGUCCGCGGUGAGCGAGUCUGGUCACUGGAAGCUACGACUUCAUUCGGUUCGGCGGCGGGGUAAAAGUGGUAUGGGCUGCUGGUGGGGCAGCCGGUGAGAGAAGUUGAAAUCGCGGGCGCCUCGGGCUGAUGCGGGACUGAUGUCAGCGCCCGCGAAUCGAUGACGGAAGGGUCCGGGGCUUCAGGGGUGAACAUUAUGCCUGUUAUGCCCCGUUCGGAGCCCCUUAGCCUCGGAUCAUUGCUGCGAUGGGAGCUUCUGCUGCGUCCGGGGGUGGAUCUAUCAAGCAAUCGUUCCGAUAUUUCUCGUCUAUGGAUGCCGGCUCGCUCGUGGGGACAACCCCGCCUACAGGAGACAUUCCAUCAUUCGUGCCUAGUUCAAACCCGAAAAACAAUGGUGUAUAAUUCAUUUUGUCGACAUGGUUUAUCGAUCAAUGCAAUUGACUCCGGUGUACCCACACUGCUGGACGAAGACCUAUACACCACCCAUGAGAGGAAGAAUAGCAGAACCCCCAAAGCUCAUUUACAGCGCCCAGUAAGCACAAAACGACGCAGGGGAAGGAAGAAUGACAGACAAUUGACAGAAGAAACGAUUGGGAACCUUGUGGGAGCCAAAAUAUGAGCCCGCUACUACCAUUACUCCUCCUCCGAAGAGUUGGUCAGCGACAGAUACGCAGUCCAGGCGAUUCCGACGGAGGACACGAAGGGCUGGAAGAAAAAAAUACAUCAGUACAACACGGAAGUUCAGAAUCUGAACAGCGGGCCAAAGGACAAAGUUGGCCUUGAGGGUUG